UCCCCACAGCUUGGAAUGGGAGAGCAGACUGGGGUUCCUUUAAAACCAGGCAGAAGUCUUAUGGACUGGAUUCGACUAACUAAAAGUGGAAAAGAUUUAACGGGAUUGAAAGGAAGAUUAAUUGAAGUGAGUGAAGAGGAGCUUGCAAAACACAAUAAAAAAGAUGAUUGCUGGAUAUGUAUAAGAGGGCUGGUGUAUAAUGUCACUCCAUACAUGGAGUAUCACCCAGGUGGUGAGGAUGAGCUAAUGAAAGCAGCGGGAACAGAUGGUACAGAUCUCUUUGAUCAGGUUCAUCGUUGGGUUAAUUAUGAAUCUAUGUUGAAGGAAUGCCUUGUUGGAAGAAUGGCACUGAAACCUGUUGCUGCUACUUCAGAGACUUGUUGCACUCUACCUGAAGAGAAGAAAGCCUUAAAUGGCAUGCUUCCUAAAAAUAAAGUAUUGGAUGAUACUUUCAAAGAUUUAACACCAAGCUAUGACUGGUUCCAAACCGAUUGCUUGGUCACUGUUGUCAUAUAUACUAAACAAAAGGGCAUGAAUUCAGAAAUGGUAAUAGUUGACCAUCAAGAUGGUAGACUGAGAGUAGACAGCAUUCUGAGGGACUAUUCAUAUCUCUUGCAUAUUGAGCUGAGCUAUGAAGUUCAAGAGGACAUUACUGUGCGCAUCGCUGAAAAAGUGGGAAAGGUAGAGAUUGUCUUGAAGAAAAAAAAUAAUCUUCCUUGGAGUAAACUGGGACAGCCACUGGAGUGUCAUAAUUCAUUUAUCAAGUACACAGACAGAGGGUUGUACUACAGAAAAUGCAAACUGGUUUCUAAGACAGAAGUCACCCAUGAUACCAAACUUUUCUGCUUAAUGUUGCCACAGAGUACUCACCUCCAGGUUCCUGUUGGACAGCACAUUUACCUCAGAAAAAUUAUUGCAGGUACUGAGAUAGUGAAACCAUAUACACCUGUAUCUUGCUCCUUGAAAUCAGAUUUCAAAGAACCAUUUUGCCAUGAUAGUACACACCUAAUUUUAAUGGUGAAAAUUUAUCCCAAUGGACUGUUCACACCAGAACUCGACCACCUGCAAAUUGGAGACUAUAUUUCUGUGAGCAAUUCUGAAGGUAGCUUCAAGAAGUCGCAAGUUCAAACUUUAGAAGAUCUCUUUUUGUUGGCAGCAGGCACAGGCUUUACACCAAUGAUUAAAUUACUGAACUAUGUUCUGACUAAUGUUUGUACUGUGAGAAUAGUGAAGUUGAUGUUCUUCAACAAAACAGAAGAUGAUAUACUUUGGAGAAAUCAGCUGGAGCAGUUAGCCCUGAAAGAUAAAAGGUUUGAGGUACAAUUUAUUCUCUCAGAGCCAAGAAAGGAAUGGACAGGCAAACAAGGAAAAAUUUCUUCAUCUCUCCUUUCUGAAUUUGUGAAAAGAAGCAAAAAAGACUCCAAAUUGCUUAUUUGUGUCUGCGGCCCAACACCUUUCACCGAACAAGGAAUACAGUUUCUGCAGGAUCUUGGAUAUUCCAAAGAAGAGAUCCAUAGUUUUACUGCAUAAAACAAGAGAGGUUAUGGCUGUAUGAUUCAUCAAUUUUAUUUAUUUACAUCGUUAAAUAAGUUUAAUUUCUUUAAAAGAAAAAUAUUUUGUAUGCAUUAAAAUUUGAUUGUUGAUAUCAAAAUAUUUCUUGAAUACUAAAUGCAUUUGGGGUAAAAAAAUUUAUACUGUUUUUUCUUGUUUUUGUAUUUUUGCUAAUACUUACAAUUUAGCUAGGAUAGUAAUUUAUUACAGAAGUAGGUAUAUGUGUACAAUACAUAUUAAUGACAUUUUAGAUAUUUAAUUUUUUUGUCCUAGAACUCUUUCCUCAUAGCUAUGCUUUAUUACCAUUCUAAGCACUGGUUAUAGAGAUUUUUACUUGAAACACUCAUCUUUACUGUAAAGUAUCUUAUUAGCAAAAUUGUCUGAAUUUAUAUAUUGCACUAUUAACUCAGGUAAAUGAUUACUUACACUAUGUUCUUAUAGAUAUCAUAAAACCAUGUUUGACUUUUAAGUGAUCAAAACAUGUUUUUAUCCUUGUACAUAACAUUGAAAAGUGUUUAUGUGUGUGUCAAACUCAGUAAAGAUGCACUAAGUAAUAAAAGGUAAAUAUUGGAUAUUUGCUAAAAUGUUUAUGGUGAGUGGAGUAUCACUGUCAUAUAUGGUAGUGAAAGUCAGAUGGGGAGGAUGGUCCAGUGGGCAGGGUACUAGCCUAGAUCUUGAAAGAUCUGGAUUUAAGUUCAUUCUCAAGCUUUCUGUGUGAUCUUAGGCAAUUCACUUGGGAUACGUCUACACAGCAGAGCUAAAGUUGAAUUAAGCUACCCAACUUCAGCUACAUCAAUUGCGUAGCUGAAGUCGAACUAGUUUAAUUUGGCUUUGGCACUGUCUACGCUGCAGGAAGUCAAAAGAAAAGCACUCUUCCUUUGACUUCCCUUACUCGUUGUGAAAUGAGUUACCAUUGAUUGGAGUAAAAGUCCUUCAGCUCGACAUUAUUUCAAAAUAAAGUCUUGUGAUGUAGGUGCACACAAUGUUAUUUUGUAAUAACAUCAGUUAUUCCGAUAAACACUGUUGUGUAGACAUAGCCUUAGCUACAAUUCCUCGUCUGUAAAAUGAGAAUGAUAGCAUUUCCUUAUCUCAUUAAUAGUAUGAGGAUAAAUAAUAGAUUGUAAGGUGCUCAAAUACUACAGUGAUGGGCGAUCUAGAAGUACCUUACAUUAUGACACACAUUGCAUUUAAUCAAUGGUUAAGUAUUGGAUAAUAUAUCCAUAAUUUACUACAGAAUAAUAUUUGGGAGAGACAGUACAGACAACCAGCAAAACUGUUAACUUGUACCUGGUUUUAAGAUUAUGUGGGGCUCCAGCUAUUGCAAGUAAUGUUGCCCAUACACAAGCUUGUGUUGUGGCCUUUAGUAUUGUUGACAUGCUACUUUUACAAAUCCGAUUGGCUACCUCCUUCAAAAACCGUAACACCUAGCUUGCAGUGGAAGCUUGGUUCAGCACAUGUAAAAAGAGUUGGAAUGAUGGUACCCACUUUUGUCAAAAGCUAAACUGGUAUGUGUCAGUAACUGACUAUCCCAGAUUGAACCGUAUGAGACACACAAAAAUAAGCUGUCAGUUUGGGUGCAUCUAGACUGCAAGUUUUUUUUUUUUUAAACGGCCUUUUUUCCAAAAAAAAAAAAAAAAAAUCACUUGCAUCCACACUGCU